AUGACAACCCAUGUGUCCUCCCUCCCCCAGAUGAGCCUCUACCUGGAACAGGCCCGUAACCCCGCCCUCAACCUCUGUCCAAUCAGCAGCCCCCAUGCUCACAUCACAGCCUAUCAGCAAGGAAACAGUCUGGCGUCCCGUAAGAAGCUCCUCCCCAUCGUUAAGGACUUCCUGAAGGGGCAGGACGGAGACGGUCGCCCGGGAGACGUGGAGGAGGACGAGUCUCGGGUGCCUCCGACCCCGAUGAACAGCCUGGUGGAGGGCUGUCCGCUGGACGCCGGCCUGCCGCACAUCAGCGCUCAGGACCUGGAGGAGAAGUUCAGCAAGAUGGCCGACAGGCGAGGGAACUGACCUCUGACCUCUGCAGACGUUCACCUUUAAACACGUUCAAAUAAAAGUUGCAGCUUCACGCCUGCAUGUGAUGUCACUUCCUCUGAGUUCACUAUAAUGAAACACUUCCUGUCGAUGUUUCACAAUAAGUGUUUCGGGGAAGAGACUCUGUCACUGGAGGGAUUUUAUUGUGAAACAGGAAGUGAUGCAGCAACAGGAAACAGCGAGCAGAACAGACGAGGCGCUGCAGCAGCUUGAAACACAUCCUGCUGACCUUUGACCCCAAACUGCUUUAUUGUGUUUGUAACGUUAUUGGUUCGUUAUUUUCAACAGUUCAUUAAAUCUUUUUUUAAAAACUGUCAAAUUUAACAGAAAAACAGGUUUUCACAAAAUAAAAUCAUAAAAAUGA